CUCCGACAAAAGGCGAGCGGAGACGAGUCUGAAAGCGGAGUCCCCCUUCCGACCGUAAGAGUUGCCGUGAUGGGCCAGGAGGCGGCCGGCCUCAAACCGACGUCGGCGAGGGACCGCCCCGACGCCGCCACCCGCUCCCGCCUCCCCCGUCGCCGCCAGAUCCGCAAGACCUUCAACAACCUCAAGAUCACCGUCUUCUGCGGCGUCGUCACCAUCCUCGUCCUCCGCGGCACCGUCGGCAUCGGAAGCCUCGCGGGCGCCGGCGGAGACGCGGCCGCCGCCGACCAGAAGGUCGUCGAGGAUAUCGACCGCAUCCUCCGCGAGAUCCGCUCCGACUCCGACCCCGACGACGCGGACCAGAUCCCCUUCGGCUUCAACUCCACCGCCGCCUCCCUGAACUACACCUCCGCUUCCGUCCUCGCGGCCGCCGAGAAUUACACCCUCGGCCCCAGGAUCUCCGACUGGGACGAUCAGCGGCGGCGGUGGCUGGGCGAGAACCCGGGGUUCCCGAGUCGGAUCCCCGGAGGCAAGCCGCGGAUCCUCCUCGUAACCGGCUCGCCGCCCAACCCCUGCGACAGCUCCAUCGGCGAUCACUACCUCCUGAAGGCGACCAAGAACAAGAUCGACUACUGCCGCCUCCACGGGAUCGAGAUCGUCUACAACAUGGCGCACCUAGACCGGGAGCUCGCCGGGUACUGGGCGAAGCUCCCGCUUAUCCGGCGGCUGAUGCUGUCGCACCCGGAGGUGGAGUGGAUCUGGUGGAUGGACAGCGAUGCGCUCUUCACGGACAUGGCCUUCGAGAUCCCUCUCGACCGCUACGCCGCCCAUAAUCUCGUCGUCCACGGCUAUCCAGAUCUCAUUUUCGAGAAGCACUCCUGGAUCGGCCUCAACACCGGGAGCUUCCUGCUGCGCAAUUGCCAGUGGAUCCUUGAUCUGCUCGAUGCUUGGGCGCCGAUGGGGCCUAAAGGUCGCAUUCGCGACGAGGCCGGCAAGAUACUGACGGCGAACCUGAAGGGCCGGCCCGCAUUCGAGGCGGAUGAUCAGUCGGCGCUCAUAUACUUGCUGUUGUCGCAGCAGGACAAGUGGGGCGACAAGGUCUACAUUGAGAACUCGUAUUACCUCCAUGGUUACUGGGCUGGAUUGGUGGACAGGUACGAGGAGAUGAUGGAGAAGCACCAUCCGGGCCUCGGGGACGAGAGGUGGCCAUUCGUGACGCACUUCGUCGGCUGCAAGCCGUGUGGUAGCUAUGGGGACUAUCCUGUGGAGAGGUGCUUGAGUAGCAUGGAGAGAGCUUUCAAUUUUGCGGACAACCAGGUCCUGAGGAUGUAUGGGUUUGCUCAUGGGAGCUUGGCUAGCCCCAACAUUAGGAGGACCAAGAAGCAAACAGCAAAGCCACUGGAAUUCUUGGAUCAGCUUAAUCUCAAAGCCGGGAUAGAAACCAGAGGGUGAGGGAGGCCAUCCAUGGAACCAUCACUCCAUCAAAUCUCAGGUCCGCUGCACUUCCUGUUGUUUCAAUUGAUGAUGUUUAAACUUGUUGUAGUGUAAGUUUCAGCUUCAGAUCCCAGACGCAAUGUUUCAUGAUAAAUUGAAGUUUUUAGUUUCCAUUCUGUUUAGGGUUUCUUUUGGAAAGGUACAUGGGCAGGAAGUUAUUCUUUUGUAACACCUUACAAGGUUUUCCCUUAUGUUCUGUUCGAUGAUGAUGAAGGGCAUGUUUCAGCAACUACAUCUUUGCUGAAACAUGAUUUAUACUUA